AUGUCUUCGAUAAAUCAGUUUGUUGUUUAUAGAAAGAAAGUAAAAAUUCAUCCAACAGAGAUUCCAAAAUCAACGUAUGUGGCCGAAACAUUCAUGACAACUAAAAAACAAGAGCCGAUUAAAGCUCGAGAAUAUUUUGAAACUCUUGCAAUACCUAAAGCCCCUCCGAAAGAAGCCAGCCCAGUACCAAUACCUAAAUUCGAAAAUAAAACACCAGAAUUCGAUUCAGUUGACUACCGUACUACCAAUGCUAGCCUAGAAAGAGACCUUUAUAUUAUGAAGUCUCUUCAAAAGAAAGAAGAACAAGCAAGAGGAUCUGAUCCCAAGGAGUUUUUAGCAUGGCAGAAAGAAAUGCGCCAAAAAGAUGAAGAAGAACUUAAAGCUGCCAUCGAAGCUCGAAGAACAGACUUAAAUAACUGCAGAAGAAAGGCAAUGAAAGCUAAAAAGAAAACAAUUGAAGAAAGACUCGAAGUUGGUAAACAAAUGAGAUUAACGUUUAGCGAGGAAAUUGCAAAUGUUCGCGAAGAAAUUGAAAGAGAAAGACAACAAAUCAUUGAACUCAAGAAUCAGCGCGAUUUACUACCUGUUUCUAAUGUUGAAAAAGUCAAGCAAAGAAAGAUUGCUGAAUCUCGCGAAGUUCGAAAGCAAGUUCGUGAAGAUUUAAAGCUUGCAUCAAAGUUGCGUGCGGAAAAAACAAAACAAAUUAAAGAAAAUGCAAUCAAAGUUCGUGAUCAACUCAAAAAUCAUACAAACAGACAUGGAGAUGCUUUCAAAGGCAAAAUAGAAAUCACAGAUACAAAAUUCUUAGCAGCUCUCACCGAUGAAGAGGCUCAAGCUCUUGUUGACCAGCAUGCAGAAGAAAAACGUGCAAAAAUUGAAACACAAAUUGAGCAACACAGGAAAGCCAAAGAAGCUAAGAUGGACAAACUCAUCCAGAUGCUCAAUGAAGUCACUGCUGCUCGGGAACAGAAAGAAGAAGAACACGAGAGACUUCGGUUACAGAAACAAGAAGAAGAAAGGAAAGAACUCGAAAAGAAACAAAUGGAGGAAGAAGAAAAGAUUAUCGAGCUCGAAAAGAAGCUGGAAAAGAAAAGGAAGCAAAGAAUACAAGAAGCACAAGAAAUGGAAGAACACACAAGACAGAUAGAUGCUAGAACUAGAUACUUAGCUCUAAAUAAGAAAGCUUUGCAAACAAAAACUUUCCAAAAUCAACAGGACGGUAAACUUCGCGCUGCUAAAGAAAGACAGACACUCCUCAUGAGUGAGAAUGGUGUUGAAAUGAAGAAAUCUAAGAAACAAUACUCUAAUGCAGAACUAACUGCACUCAAAGGGUUACUCGGUAUGUAA